AUGCACGGAACAAUGUUACUCCGCUAGGCGCCCUCUCGGCCAAGCUACUACAGAGAUGCAAGCUGGCCUCGAGCUGAUUCUCCCAUCCACACCAGGCUUUGCCCUCUAAAACCUAUUUUGUUAUACAGCUGUGCCUGUAUACCUGCAGCCAUGGCGUCCUUGAAGCGGAUUUUCGUUCUUGCGUCCCUAGUCUUGGUGGGCAUCUUUCUCUUCCUGGGGAAGAGUGUAGAAGCCAAAGGCCCCAAGAUAACCAAUAAGGUUUAUUUCGAUAUCCAACAUGGAGAUAAGCCUAUUGGGCGCAUUGUAAUAGGACUUUAUGGGAAAACAGUCCCGAAGACCGUAGAAAAUUUCCGCGCGUUGGCCACCGGUGAGAAGGGAUUCGGUUAUGAGGGCUCUACUUUCCACCGAGUUAUCAAGGACUUCAUGAUCCAGGGUGGUGAUUUCACAAAGGGUGAUGGCACCGGCGGCCAGUCCAUCUACGGCGAGAAAUUCGCUGAUGAGAACUUCAAGCUGCGACACACCAAGAAGGGUCUUCUGAGUAUGGCUAAUGCCGGAAAGGACACCAACGGUUCUCAAUUCUUCAUCACAACCGCAAUCACUAGCUGGCUCGAUGGCCGCCACGUCGUUUUCGGCGAGGUUCUCGAGGGCUACGAUAUCGUUGACAAGAUCCAAAAUGUUGACAAGGCGCCUGGUGAUCGACCCAACGAGGCCGUGAAGAUCGUCAAGAGCGGCGAAUUAGACAUGCCCAAAGAGCAAGGUACUGGACAUGAUGAGGUCUAAACCUUAUGAUCUGUUUGACAAACGAGAAAUUCAAAAAAAUAAAAAAAGACGUCUAAAUGCCCCGAAAUACAAUGUCUCUCCCUGCUUUGUCGUUGUGUGCUAUGUAUCGCUGUUCCAGCGCAAGCAGAUAUCAUGUUAGUUACUGUUAGUUUCUAUAUAUGCAUUCGCUGAUGCUCUGGUUCUUUUUCCCAACUCGUCUAUCAAGGCCGUCGUGGACCCAUUCCACAAUUCAUCGAGAACCUGAGAAAACAAACCUAAUGGCUGAGAGGACAUCUUUGGAGGGGUGUUUCGACGGAGAAAACGGAGGAUGAAUGUUUCGAAGAGGCCUCGCCUCACAUUCACUUUGCAACCCGUUGAGCCCCGCUCACUUCACCAGUAUCAAGCGUAAGCGGUGUAUUUCGAUCGAAUGAUGGGGAAAUGUAGCCGAAAUAUUGAAGGGUGGCAGCAAGUUUGAGUUGUGUUUCUAACUGGCUGUCAGGUCGAAGGAGGCCCCUUUAUCUCGAGGCAGUGAGAUUUGUUUAUGAAUCUCUUUCUUCGAGCUCACAGCAUAAUAUCCUCCGGUAGACUGAGCAGGUUGCCCAAAUAUUAUUCCCCCCUUGGAGUCCUAGCUUCCCAGAUCCCUACAGAAUGCAUCAUAACCUUCGCGCCUCUACCCAAUGUCGGAUGUUGCUUGCCAUGAUUUUGUCUAUCGCCGGCGCCCCCAAUCCUGUCCCACUCACUGACAACAGCCUACAAAGAUGAGACGCUCCUAGCGUGAGGCUUGCAAUCAGUCCAAAUCAAAUUACCUUCUCGAGGCUCCGGCCUGUGUUAAUUUAACUGAUGAUUAAAAUGUUAUUUUUCCUUUCUUUAGUAAUUUGGGCUGUGGUUUCUCGUGUUCAGGAAGUUACAUUUAUAUUUCACUUUUCGAAGAAGUCCACUGCCGGACGGUGCGAGGAAUGCUGAGGCCUUUAAGGGGUAAAUUCCUGCGAACAAGUCCCUGGAUUGUGUUCAACGAUCCCAUGGUGUUGAAGGCGUGCAGGAUAUAGGAGCCUCCUCCAAGUAGUCAAGUAGUGCUACUCCACCCGUCUUGUGGGAUUAUGCCUCUGGCAAUCUAUUUCACUCUGGCCUCCUGAAAGAUGAGAGGGCCGUGAUUCGCCUGCUCGCAGAACAUCCUCAUCCAAUUAUCGAAUCUCACAGGUGUGGUAGGGCUAGGGCCUCGAUUUGAGAAGAGAGGAUGUCUAUUGGAAUAUAUUCAAAAACAUUCUGUGAACAAAUAUAUAUAUUUUUUAUCUCUAUGCCCACCGCAUCGUGAUCCCAUAUUCCCGUGCUCUCCAUCCAGAAGAUGGAAUACUCUUACCGCAAAUCUAACACCAUCCAACUCCCUCUGAAAACGACAUAGGCCGCUGGGUUGGGAGAUCAGACAAUAACAUCACAUUCAAGCCAAGGGGACAGCCCACCUAGACAAAUACCUCGGCUGACAAAAGGAGCAAAGGCCCCAGAAACCUUUCGCAUUAAUAGUUGACAGGAACUGACUGGCUGUACAAGUGACGGGACCCGGCAGCAUCCAAGAGAUAUAGGGAUGGACAUGUACGUUCGCGGCGAAUACCAUCCAUCUUUUGACAUAUACGUGUCACCAGAGAAUGUCGUGGCGGCAAAGCUAUAGAGGACGCUGGACAUAAUUUUUUUUACAGGCUCUGAAGGGAAAUUUGGACCUUAGUUCGAAUAAUGCAUAAUGCUCUCUCGUAUGUAUAUAAGGCCACUAUGAAGCCUACCCAAAAUGACACUUAUUGCAUUCUCAUAUGAAUGGGGGAGAAAAAAAGAAAAAAAAACCAUAUAUUUUGAAAAUAUGAGUUCCACUGGAGAACCAUAUGACGCAAGAGCCUAUGCGCAGCUCAUUAUUGCUCCAUGCAUCGCAUACCAAACUCGGCCUAUCUACAUACUGUCGCCUGUGUAUCUUCUAAGGUACGUUACCGUACGGAAUACAUAAAUGCCAAAGGGGUGAGCAAAUAAAAUAAAUAAAUGAAUAAAGGUUCUAGAGCCUCG